CCGGCAGCGCCAGCGGAUGGUGACGCCGAGAAACGAGCGGCUGCGGAUCCGUAUCUCCCGCCAGAGAGGAGUCAUUACUAGCGUAAGUAAGUAGUUGUGCACACUUCAUCUUGAUGCCAUUGUGCAAAGAUACUUAAAAAGGGCAGGAAGAAUCGUCAUCGCCGCUGGGUCUGUGCCAUGCCGUUCGAAAGUCUAAGGCAGAUGUUUGUAAGUCACCUCUUAUUUAUAUUUUUACAAAUCAGUUCUUCCUCGUCGCUGCUAUAUGCUCACUGCGUUUAUCUUUCGUAUGAAAAUGAAAUAUGCUAGUUCUGCUCUCAUUUUCAACAUCCCCCGGGAUAAACGUCGCGGAGAUUGAGAGGAAUGCGCAAAUGCAAUUUGAUUCGUACAAAGAG